AUUUCCUUAAAUAGUACCAAAGGAAAGAGGAUGGAACCAGGAAAUACUGCCAAGGAAACAGUCCUCAUUACUGGAGGAGGUGGUUAUUUUGGCUUCCGUUUAGGUUGUGCCAUAUACCAAAAGGGAGUGGAUGUGAUUCUCUUUGAUGUUGUGAAGCCACUUCAAUCCGUGCCAGAGGGAAUAAAGUUCAUGCAAGGGGAUGUCUGUUCCUUGUCUGAAGUGGAAGAGGCUCUUAGAGAUGUAAUCUGCGUAUUCCAUGUCGCUUCCUAUGGAAUGUCUGGCAGGGAGCAGCUGAACCGAAAACUUAUAGAAGAUGUGAAUGUGAAAGGAACAGAAAAUGUCAUCCAAGCCUGCAAGAGCACAGGAGUGUCGAGUCUGGUUUAUACAAGUACAUAUAAUGUGAUAUUUGGAGGCCAGAUUAUAGAAAAUGGGGACGAAUCUCUGCCUUAUCUACCUCUUCACCUUCAUCCAGAUCACUACUCCCGGACCAAAUCUUUAGCUGAAAUGAAGGUGCUGGAAGCAAAUGGUGCUGAGCUUGGAAAUGGGAAAGGUGUAUUAAGGACUUGUGCUCUCCGACCAGCAGGUAUCUAUGGGCCUGGAGAACAAAGACAUCUUCCUAGAAUAGUUAGUUACAUUGAAAGGGGACUGUUUAAAUUUGUAUAUGGAGAUCCUCUUAGUUUAGUAGAAUUUGUACAUGUAGACAAUCUAGUUCAGGCUCAUAUCCUUGCCUCCAAGGCCCUCAAAGCCAACAAAAAGCACAUAGCUGCAGGCCAAGCCUAUUUUAUUUCAGAUGGCAGGCCUGUAAAUAACUUUGAAUUUUUCCGACCAUUAGUGGAAGGUUUGGGUUACAAAUUCCCAACCUGUCGUCUUCCUCUCUCCCUUGUCUAUUCUUUUGCAUUCCUUACUGAAGUAGUUCAUUUUCUUAUAGGUCACAUUUAUAAUUUUCAGCCUCUCCUCACUUGCACAGAGGUUUACAAAACUGGUGUCACGCAUUAUUUUAGCAUGGAGAAGGCUAGAAAGGAGCUGGGGUAUGAGCCUCAGCAGUAUAGCCUGAAUGAAGUGGUUGAGUGGUUUAGAGCUCAGGGAUGUGGACCAAAGCCAAGAAAGUAUACUGUUAUGCAUCUUGUUAGGGAUGGAGGAUUGCUCUUGCUGCUGAUUACUGUGAUGGUCUCAUGGUUUCCAUCUGCAGUUACAUUUCCACUCUGAAAGGUGAAACACUGAGUACAGAGAACAGAAUUUAGUUACAUUCUCUGAGUACUCUUGGUUUUGACAGACAGGUAAUAAAAAAUA